GUUACACCGACUAAAGACUUGCGAUCACAGAGACAACAUGAAAGGUCUUGUCACCUUCUUGCUUGGGAUUGGUUACCUGGCUACCAGCGAUGCUAACUGGACAUGUGACGAGGCUCCGCCGCUAUAUAAUGCUCGCCAGGUUGACGCCGGCCUAGGGAGUGUGGUUGUAAGAGAUAAAGACUCUAAUGCGUAUUUCCUGGCUGGAUCGGAUUGGAAACUCCUGGGCUCAAUCAAAUUAAAGCAUGUCACAGUGGGACCUGCCGGACUCUGGGGAGUUGGCAUCGAUGACAACGUCUACAAAUACAUAGCAGGCGACUUUACACCAUCCACUGGUCUGUCUAUGCUGCAGGUGGAUGCUGGAAAUAAUCAGGUAGUGGGAGUUUCCCCAUCCUCCACCGCCAACUGCCUGAACAGCACGACGGCCAUGGCCUUCAGUGGAGUGGGCUACCUGUCCUGGAGUUCCCUGUCGAGGAGCUUGAAGUACUACAGCUGCGGCCCACUAGGAUGCUGGGGAGUCGACACAAAUAACCAAAUCUUCUUUGCACAGAACGUGGACCCCAGCACCUGCAGCACAUCCGGCUGGAGAAAUGUGCCCGGGAGUCUAAUAAUGAUUGAAGUGGGGACUGACGGGAGGGUUUUUGGAGCGAACAUAGAAGGCAAGGUCUAUGAAAGAACUGGCAUUUCCACUGCUCUCCCAUUUGGAGUAGACUGGGUCUACAUUCCAAUGUGCAUUGGGAUUCGCCACGUGAGCUACGACCUGGGCAAACUUUGGGUUGUCAGCAACUCCGGUAUCAUCAUGCGCUGCUCAUCAUAAUGCUACGUGUGAGACAGAAACCCAGUGUGCACCAACCUGCAAUGUAGUGGUGGGAAUCUCCGUCAACUGCGUUUUAAUGCUUUCAAGCACUAUGCUUUCUUCGGGAGACUCUGUACGGUACACAAAAAGGAAUGAGCAGAGUUUACAUUUGUUUCUAAAAGUUAAAGCCAUCUAUCUCUGUCCUCUCUGUCCUCUCGGUGUUAUUUCAACUACUUCUUAUUUUGGCAAAAGGGAACAUGGAGGCUGCAAUAAAUAAUUGAUUAGAAGCAAUAUGAGAAAUAUAUGACCAGUGCAUGUCAUUUAAAAGUUAACACUCGUAAGAUA